AUGAUUGUCCAGUUCUGGAAUGAUCCCGCUAUAAUACUCCUCUGCUUAAUGAUCAUUCUAUUGGUGGAUAAUCUGUGGAACCUCUACCUGAUUCUGCGCGAGAUUAAAAUGGUUUAUGGUGCGAGGCAUGUGCCGGAGGUGUUGCGUCCGUAUUUAUCCCAGGAGCUGUUUGAGAGAAUGCGCAGAUAUAAGCUGCACAAGAGUUGGUUCAUCAUAGUCAAUACGCUCAUUGUGGUCGUCAUUUGUGGCUGCCUUGAAUUGUAUUUUGGUUUCUACGGACUGCUUUGGGAUUUGGUUGCCAGGUGCGCCAUCUGGUCGUGGAUGAAGCACGAGAUCUGGAUGUCAUUCGUCUACUUGAUCUUUCUCAGCCUUUAUAUAUUGGUUAAGUCGCUGCCGGGCAAAAUCUAUGAGAAAUGCUGCAUCAGCAAGCUGGUAAAGCAGCCCAAACGCAGUUGGUCGCAGCGCAUCGUCAUGGAGCUGGUGGACAUCUGCUGCUCAUUACUGAUCAUGGCCACAAUGGUCGCGGUGGUCGUGUCUAUGGUGAACGCCUUCAAUCAGUACGCCUUCGUGGGCAUCUACCUGAUGGCCGUGCUGCUGACCGUGAUGAUCAUUUUGAUAAUCCCCGUUGCGAUUGAUCCUUUCAUUGGCCAGCGUGUGCAGUUGGAGAAUCAGGCGCUAAAAGCGGGCCUCGAACAGCUCACCCGCCGCGUGGGCUUCUCAAUGCGCUAUGUCCACAUUAUACACGUCCGAGACCCGAGCGUGGGCAGCAAUGCCUUUUUCUUUGGCAGCUGCUGCCUGAAGCGCAUUGUGAUCUUCGAUACGCUAUUGUUGAAUAGGGGAUUGGCCAGCGACGCUCGGCUGCCGCCGGAGGAGAGGGGCAAGGGUUUGCCGAAUGAACAUGUCCUGGCGGUGGUCGCUCACGAGCUGGGCCAUUGGAAGCGGGGCCACUUCUAUAAGGCCAUUGUCAUGUUCCAGUUACACCUGCUGAUCACGCUCGGUCUGUUCGUCAUCUGCUAUACGCACGGGCCCAUCUACCAGGCGGUUGGCUUCGAUGUGGGCGUCCAGCCGGUUAUAGUGGGCUUUAUCGUCAUCUUUGGCUUUCUGCUGACGCCCUAUCUAACCAUCUCCAAUGUGCUAAUGCUCAUGAUGACGCGACAAUUCGAGUACGAGGCGGACAAGUUCGCCUUCCAGCUGGGCUAUGCGGCGCACCUGCGCAUGGCGCUGCUCAAGCUCUAUGCGGACAAUCUCACAUUCCCCCUGUCGGACACCUGCUACUCCAGCUGGCAUCACACGCAUCCCACGAUGCUGCAUCGCUUGCAGCGCUUGGAGCGCCUCGAAAGUAAUCGAACGUAAAAUUCGAAUUAUUAGCAAUCAGAAAAAAAAACAUAGCUAGCUACGAAUACAUGUGUAUAUUCAAAUCCAACUGCCACUUUCGGAUGUAUAAUGGAAUAGAUAUAUUUAUUUAUA